AUGGCUCCCCUAAUAGACCAAGGCCCAUGCAUCAACCUUCACGUGAGGAAAACCAACUUGCAUACCAACUAUCAUGCUGUAAAACCAUACCAGCCGUUGACCUUAUCAGCCCACUACCUCAAAUUGAAUGAUUUAAUUGGAUAUUUUCGAAAGUCUGGACCAUGGAGACCCGUCUACGACGUCCUUUCAAAACUUUGGUGUGGCCAAGGCCUUGAUACUUGGGUCUUUGACACCAAGGAGAACCCAUACCAGAGAUUCUACAGAUGCAAAAUUGUUCUUCAGAAAAAAACAGAACCUGAUCUAUUUAAAUGGAUUGAUGAAGCCAUCCUAGAUGAGGUUCGAAUUGUCGAUGCUAAGCAUUUGGAUUUACUCCACGACUUGCAAGCACUUUCCAAAAAUUUCAAUGUCCACCUAGAGUCUCAGAGAUCUUGGAUCGUGGCUAGGGAUGGAGAUAUG